AUUUCAACUUCUCGUUCUCCCGUCCGCCAUAGAUUGGAUUGACAGAAAGCAACUUCUUCUACCCUCCGUCCUCUCGUCGCUCUCUUCGCCUCUCUCUCUCUCUCUCCUUCCUUCCUCUUUUCCUCCUCCCCCAAAUCUGAAACAAAUUAAAAACCGCACCAGCGGAACCCUAGCCCUAAUUUCCUUAAUUCACAAUCUUCUUCCUCACCCACCCGACUUUACCUCCAAACCCUAAUUCCUUCUCCAGUUUUGUUCCUUCAAUUCCCUUUUACCCAUCUCGCCUGCAUUUCACCCUCGUCUGUGUCUGCUCACAGAACCUCACUGUGGGAGACUGAGAGCGAUUCACGCAACACACCGAACAGCACAAGUUUUUUUUCUCCAGCUCAAAGAACACGGCAUGGAGGGGAUACCGCACCCAAUACCUCGGACCGUGGAAGAGGUCUUCGGUGACUUCAAAGGCAGGCGCGCUGGCUUGAUCAAGGCUCUUACUACAGAUGUCGAGAAGUUCUACCAUCAGUGCGACCCUGAGAAGGAGAAUCUGUGUCUUUAUGGGAUGCCAAAUGAGACAUGGGAAGUUAACUUGCCAGUGGAGGAGGUGCCUCCUGAGCUUCCUGAGCCUGCGUUAGGCAUUAAUUUUGCUAGAGAUGGUAUGCAAGAGAAGGAUUGGUUGUCACUUGUUGCAGUUCACAGUGAUUCAUGGCUGCUUGCUGUUGCUUUUUAUUUCGGGGCUCGGUUUGGGUUUGGCAAGAAUGAAAGGAAGAGGCUUUUCCAGAUGAUAAAUGAGGUCCCCACAAUAUUUGAAGUAGUGUCAGGAAACGGCAAGCAACCAAAGGACCAGUCUGCAACUCAUAACAACAGCAGCAGUAAAAGCAAAUCAAGCUCAAAGAUGCAAGCUCGGCAACCGGAGCCCCUCACAAAGGCAGUGAAGAUGUCUCCACCGCCAAAGGACGAUGACGAGAGCGGGGAAGACGAGGAGGAAGAUGAUGAACAAGGUGCAACCUGCGGAGCAUGCGGUGAGAGCUAUGGAACGGACGAGUUCUGGAUUUGCUGCGACGUAUGCGAGAGAUGGUUCCAUGGCAAAUGUGUGAAGAUUACACCUGCAAAGGCUGAGCACAUCAAGCAGUAUAAAUGCCCUGGAUGCAGUGGCAAGAGGGCAAGAGUUUAGGCAUCAUCACCAUCAUAUUAGUAGCUGGAGGAAAGCUUUGGGGUUGGAGGAAUUCAGUUGGUAGGGUGGGUAGUAGAAACCUUUUUCCUUAUUCUAAUCCGUCUGUUGCAGCCUUUAAAAAGUUGAUGAAACUUAACCAAACCGGCCCCAAUUUAGGCGCCCAUUUUAGUUCAGGAUCAGGGAUGACUCUGGAGAUGUGUUUGAAUUUUCGUCUUUUUUUUUAUUUGUUAUCUUGUUAAGUGUCUAUGGGUUUUCCUUUAUGUCGAAAUUUUUUCGGGUUAAUGUGUUUCAUCUCUAAUGUUGUCGGGAAUCUGUUGUUUUUCUAUUAGUUGUUGGGACUUGAACCCUAUUAUUAUAAAUAGGUGGUGACUACAUCGUGUCAUGUUAUUAUAUUGUUGAAUGACUGUCUCUUUGUUA